AUGCAAGCGCCGCUGUGCCGCCUCCUUGCAUUUUCCCACCACCACAAACAAAUUGCACAAGAUUUGUCAGCCGGCCUCAUUGCUUAUUUAUCUAGUCUCAUGGAGUUCAUCAAUCCCCCACCCUUCGGAGUCACUAGGGAUCUGAGCAACAGCCCAACCUAUGACGAAGGUACUACUGUGAACAUUGCCUGCACUUCGGGUGAGAAGGGGGUAGGGGUCUCAUUGUGUCUUUACCAACCAAAUGAGACAGAUGGAAAGUGGUUUGGAGACAUAGAAUAUCUUACCCGUAUGCAAGAUACUUGUUCAAAAAAUCUCACACUGUCCAAGUUGUUUUACCUUAGUAUCUUCCAAGAAGGCAAAGGCUCCUCGGAUUCGAACAGCCAUUACUUCUACAUCGCGGAAAAGGGCAUUGGGGAAUCCUCUUCCCCUUCCUUCUUAUCUUCGGCUUUUUCUUCUACGUCGAUACCACAAGCUAUAUCAACUGUAGCACCGACUCUGAUUCCGACAAGCUCGAGCAUGCAAAAUCUCAGAACCAGCACAGGAGUGGUAGGCCUUCCGACCAGCGAUGCCACAGAUUCACAAACCCUUCCCGAUCAACAAUCCUCAUCAGAUAGCUUUCCUUUGGCUGUUAAGAUCGGUCUCGGUACAGGGAUACCUGUCGCUCUUGCCCUUAGGCUAGUCAUAGGAUGGCUACUUUUUCGCCAUCGCAAAAGGAGAGACACUGCUCCUCCCUACGGAUUGCACGAAAUACCUGCUGGUCAAAACAUGCAAUACAAGCACUACAAUAAUGAGGGUUAUUAUGUGGAGAUAGGUCAGCUAUACCCGCAGGACUUCGAUGGUCGCGUAGUCACAUCACCAAACAAGCCUGCAGCUACACCUCAUCAUGCACCAGUACGGUUCGAGAUGUGA